UCCUUGGCUCAAAAUGACGAUAAAAUGCCCAAUAAUCCAUUUAUAUUUUUUCAGUGGCUCUGCUGCUGCCAUUGCAUUUCCCGUAGUGCCACAUAAUGUUCUCCCUCUCUCUCUGAUCACUCAUAUUUAUGUGUCAGACUACACUUGUAAACUUGUGAACUUGUGCUGCGUCUCCUUUUCUUAGCAGAACAGAACAUACCUGGCUUUUCCUUGGCUGCCAAAGACUUCGCCGCCACCCCUUUUCUUAGAGAGACCAACCCAACUUCACAGGUUGUGUACAUAAAUUUGCUGCCUUGCCUUCUCCUUGUAUUGGGUAAGACCUGUGUAAGAAGGUAAAACUAUCAUCAUGCCCCCUAAGGCAUUGGACUACGAGUCACUGAAUGAGAAUGUGAAGAAGGUUCAAUAUGCUGUUAGAGGCGAGUUGUAUCUUCGAGCUUCUGAGCUUCAGAAGGAAGGAAAGAAAGUUAUUUUCACAAAUGUUGGAAACCCUCAUGCUCUAGGACAGAAGCCACUGACUUUCCCUCGCCAGGUGGUUGCUUUAUGCCAAGCUCCAUUCCUAUUAGAUGACCCUAAUGUAGGACUGAUCUUCCCUGCUGAUGCAAUUUCAAGAGCUAAACAUUAUCUUUCAAUUACUGCUGGUGGUCUAGGUGCUUAUAGUGAUUCCCGAGGUAUUCCGGGAGUUAGGAAGGAAGUGGCAGAGUUCAUUGAGAGACGUGAUGGAUAUCCAAGUGACCCAGAACUCAUAUAUCUCACUGAUGGUGCCAGCAAAGGUGUGAUGCAGAUCUUGAAUACCAUCAUCCGUGGUGAAGGAGAUGGGGUUCUGGUUCCAGUCCCACAAUAUCCACUCUAUUCGGCUGCAAUAUCUCUGUUUGGUGGUUCUCUUGUUCCGUAUUACCUUGAGGAAACAGCAAAUUGGGGUCUUGAUCUUAAUAAUCUUCGCCAGUCAGUUGCACAGGCUCGCUCUAAAGGAAUUACUGUGAGAGCAAUGGUGAUUAUAAACCCCGGCAACCCCACUGGUCAGUGUCUUAGUGAAGCUAAUUUAAGAGAAAUAUUGAACUUCUGUUUCCAUGAAGGCCUAGUCUUGCUCGGGGACGAAGUUUAUCAGCAGAAUAUAUACCAGGAUGAACGCCCCUUUAUUAGUGCAAGAAAGGUGUUGAUGGGUAUGGGGCUACCCAUAAGCAAGGAAGUCCAGCUUGUUUCUUUCCACACUGUGUCCAAAGGAUACUGGGGUGAAUGUGGACAGCGUGGUGGGUACUUUGAGAUGACAAACAUUCCUCCACAGACGGUUGAUGAGAUAUAUAAGGUUGCAUCAAUUGCACUCAGUCCAAAUGUUCCUGCACAAAUAUUUAUGGGGCUAAUGGUCAACCCUCCCAAACCUGGAGAUAUUUCAUAUGAGCAGUUUGUUAGGGAAAGCAAAGGGAUCCUUGAAUCUCUGAGGAAAAGAGCAAGGAUAAUGACUGAUGGAUUUAACAACUGCAGAAAUGUUGUCUGUAACUUCACAGAAGGUGCCAUGUAUUCCUUCCCUCAAAUACGCUUGCCACCAAGAGCAAUAGAGGCUGCUAAAAGAGCUGGAAAAGUUGCUGAUGUUUUCUACUGUCUCAAGCUUUUGGAAGCCACUGGCAUUUCCACUGUCCCUGGAUCAGGGUUUGGACAGAAAGAAGGGGUCUUCCAUUUGAGGACAACCAUCUUACCAGCUGAGGAAGACAUGCCUGCCAUCAUGGAUAGUUUCAAGAAGUUCAAUGAUGAGUUCAUGGAGCAAUAUGAAGAUCACAGAGGCUAUUCGAGGAUGUAAAAAUCCAGCAAAUCAAGUUCUCUCAUAUCUCCAGCUUUUGAUGUAUAAUACUCUGCAAAACUCUCUUCUUUUAUCUUAGGCACCGAAAUUACUUUCACCUCUUAACAUAUUAAAUGUCUCUAUUUAUAACUCUGCUCUCCAGCCUCUAAUGUAAAUUGCAGUAAAUUGCAGAGGACUGAAAAUUCCAACUUUUAAGCUAGAAUGGGACCAAUAGUGAUGUGACACUUCAUUAAAGCCUUU